UCUGUAGCUUUGUGGCUGCUUGUUGGCAGUAGGUUGUUUUCUUGAGAGCCGCCCGGGGUUCCCAGUCGUCGCCGCUGAACUCCGCCACUGCAAAAUUGGUCAUUACAGCGGCACAUCAGACGGACUAUAGGUUACAGAUGGACCAGCAGGACCAGUCCUAUAUGUUUGCCAGUCUGAAACGGCCUCACUCAGAGCAGCUGCUGCAAGGCCUCCAGCUCUUGCGGCAGGAUCACGAACUAUGUGACAUUGUCCUCCGUGUGGGUGAUGCCAAGAUCCAUGCCCACAAAGUAGUGCUGGCCAGCAUCAGCCCUUACUUCAAGGCCAUGUUCACGGGUAACCUGUCGGAAAAGGAGACCUCUGAGGUGGAAUUCCAGUGCAUCGAUGAGACUGCCUUGCAGGCCAUUGUUGAGUAUGCCUACACAGGCACGGUGUUUAUCUCCCAAGAAACAGUGGAAUCUCUGCUUCCGGCUGCGGACCUGCUCCAAGUUAAGCUAGUACUUAAGGAGUGUUGUUCCUUCUUAGAGAGCCAGCUGGACGCGGGGAACUGUAUAGGCAUCUCCCGCUUCGCAGAGACAUAUGGCUGUCAUGACCUGUGCAUGGCUGCAACUAAGUUCAUCUGUGAGAACUUUGAGGAGGUUUGUCUGACGGAGGAGUUUUUUGAACUGACGAGGGCUGAGUUGGAUGAAAUCGUGUCCAAUGACUGCCUUAAGGUGGUCACGGAGGAGACUGUAUUUUACGCCCUGGAAUCAUGGAUCAAAUAUGAUGUAACUGAGAGACAGCAGCAUCUGGCUCAGCUGCUGCACUGUGUUCGCCUUCCACUCCUCAGCGUCAAAUUUCUCACCCGCCUAUAUGAAGCCAACCACCUUAUACGAGAUGACCACGCAUGCAAGCACCUGCUCAAUGAGGCCCUCAAAUAUCAUUUUAUGCCUGAGCACCGACUCUCCUAUCAGACUGUGUUAUCGGCACGGCCCAGAUGUGCCCCAAAGGUGUUGCUUGCAGUAGGAGGCAAGGCUGGACUGUUUGCAACAUUAGAAAGCAUAGAAAUGUAUUUCCCUCGGACAGAUUCGUGGAUAGGACUGGCCCCUCUCAGUGUACCCCGGUAUGAAUUUGGAGUGGCAGUGCUGGACCAUAAGGUGUAUGUGGUGGGAGGUAUCGCCACACACAUGAGACAGGGCAUUAGCUAUCGGAGACACGAGAGCACGGUGGAGAGCUGGGACCCCGAAAGCAACACCUGGUCCUCGGUGGAGCGCAUGGCAGAGUGCCGCAGCACACUCGGGGUGGUGGUCCUGGCGGGUGAGCUGUAUGCCCUCGGAGGGUACGACGGCCAGUAUUACCUCCAAUCGGUGGAGAAAUAUGUCCCCAAGUUGAAAGAGUGGCAGCCUGUGGCGCCGAUGACCAAGUCCCGCAGCUGCUUUGCCACCGCUGUGCUGGAUGGCAUGGUGUAUGCUAUUGGAGGCUAUGGCCCGGCUCAUAUGAACAGCGUGGAGCGGUAUGACCCCAGCAAGGAUGCCUGGGAAAUGGUAGCCCCCAUGGCAGACAAGAGGAUCAACUUCGGAGUAGGCGUCAUGCUCGGCUUCAUAUUUGUUGUGGGCGGACACAACGGAGUGUCACACCUGUCUAGCAUCGAGCGGUAUGAUCCACAUCAGAAUCAGUGGACAGCCUGUCGGCCAAUGAAUGAACCGCGCACUGGUGUGGGCUCUGCCAUUGUGGACAACUACCUCUAUGUUGUGGGAGGCCACUCCGGGUCGUCCUACCUGAACACUGUCCAGCGCUAUGACCCCAUCUCAGACAGCUGGUUGGACUCGAGCGGCAUGAUGUACUGCCGUUGCAACUUUGGUCUGACUGCCCUUUGACCCAUGGCCCAGCCAGCUAGGACCCAAUAAGAGAACUUAGACACAAAGACGUUUCUUUUUUGUUGUCUCCUCCUCCUUCCCCACAUUCAUCCUCCAGGUGCAGAGGAGCGCUGCACACCGACGUGAACACCAGAGGAGAGAGAGAGAGAGAGAGGGAGCCUGCUGGGUGGAUGGAUGUUCCGGGGCUAGCUGGCUGGCUAGAGGGGGACCACAGACAUGGCUGCAGAGAUGAGAAAGAGCUGCAAAGUUGCACGGAACGGAGAGGAAGACGUUUGGACAGCUGCUGUCACAGGCGCAAGGAGACGGCCGCUCUACUGCUGCUGGACCACAAUGAGGACUCUGAGCCAUUUCCCAGAGGAUUGUGGGAGAAAACUUGUCACUUUUAUUUCAAUUAUGUUAGCAGACUUUUUUUUUGUUGUCCUUCAUGCCAUUAACUGUGUUUAACACUCAACUUUUUUUUUAAAAUUAAUUUCCCUGCUGCAACUGAAACCAUGUGUUCAGAUUUUGUAGAACACUGCAGUUUGCUGGCGUAUUUGUAUGAAUAUGUGGUUGUUGGCCAUGUAGUGUGUAUGUCCGUGUGUAUGCUCGAGGGGUGCAUGCAUGUUAGGUAGGAUUGUUUGUUUUGUUACGUGUCCGGGUGCAGAGCCGAUGCUCGGGCUCAGCGACACAGGAGUUCUGCAUCAAAAAUCAGUGCUUCACAAAAAAAGAGAAAAGUUGGAAUCUUUAUAUUUUCAAAAAGGGCUGCCUUUUUCUCUCGUGUAAAUAGUCUAAAUAAAAUAUAUAGAUAUGAAUAUAUCCUCUAGUGCAUUGCCUGUAAAUGUUUUUCUGCACUGGGUCACUAGUGUGUGUGCGGAUGUUUGUGUAGUUUGUUUCCAAGGGUCAGUGUAGAGGUGAGUGACAGUGUUUGCCACUAGUUUCUGCUUCAUUCCCGGAGCCAUUUAAAAAAUCCCUGUGUUCUAGCUUCUGUUACAUCUUCCUAAGGUCAGGUCAUGCACUUGCUACUCUUCACAUUAGUUGAACUUGACCUUGGCCCUCCUUUCACCCUUUGGUCUGUACACAAUACCAACUGGUGCUAUAUUUAGGAUUCAGGAUUCAGCUGUUUGUCUGUGUUGCCUCAUGCAAUUAGGUCAACCUCUGUUCAGCCUCUGCUACAUUACUGAAUAAGAUGUUGUUUGAUUUAUGCACAUUUAAAUGCAUAAAAUUGAAUGGCCCCCAACCAUGCAAUAAAAUCAAGUCCUACAGAAUGGGAAGCCCGUGGUUGGAAAACCGCAAAUUUCAUUAACAUUUAAAAAGUCUCAAAAUUAGCACUAAUAUUUGGAUUUAUUUAUAUAUAUAUAAAAAAAUAUAUAUAAAAAAAUCUAAUCUAUAGUUGUCACAUCGUCCCUGUUACUAGAUAUGAGCAUGCAUUGUCAUUGUCUCAAUGCUUGUUGCGGUUACAAUGUCACUCUCUUGACUAUAAACUGGACUUUUUCUGCCCCUGAUUAGCUCUGACACCUGCUGUUUUCACUUUCCAUCUCACUACUAACAUGUGAUCCUCAUGUGGCCAAGGUCUUGCUUGCAAGCUCAGGUUUGAGGUAAUCCGUUCCCAGCUUCAUGUGAAGUGCCAAACCAUGAUGUUUUUUGUUGUUUUUUUGCAUCUUUGCCACCUCCAGUGCUAGAAACAGCUUCCUUCGUGUGCCACAAUUGAAACAUUUCCUUCUUGUCCUUAUUGCUAAUGUAUCAGCAUGACAUUCUUCCAUGCUGCCAUGUGGAGAUUGAUGAUAAAGCACCAAGGGCUGUGCCAGCCAACUCAGGCCAUGUUCCCACUGUCACCAGUCUUGUGUCCUGGGAGAGAGACCGCAGUGCUCCCCUGGGUGUGUUUGACUCCAGGCUGGCUGAGUGUGUCGCUCUGUUAAAGCUAACAGACAGAUCAAGCAAUGCACGUCAAUAGAGGGGGCACUAGACUAGGAAAGGCUAGGUGUGGUGUGUCUUGUUGCGUCACUUUAUGUUAGUUUGAGUUGCUUUGUGCACUGACGUUUGCACACAAAGUGGAAACUUUAACCAAGCUCUGCAUUGCACUUACCAAACUCUUUGAUACAUAUUGUAAUUUGUACAUAUGUUUUAAUUUAGAAUAAUGGCAUUUAGAUAAUGCAAUAAGACUUCUGUUCUCUCUGUGGAUGAAUAUGUUUUGUGUUUGUCUCUUUAAAAAGCCAAGGCAUCUCAUAUUGCUGUAACAGAACCCCACAUGGCAUGUCUGUUGAUUCACACUGUUUGCUGGUAAUGUCUGAUGAAACAUCAAAUGGUACCAUUGCCUUUGUCUCAUCCUACCAGACAUCUUGUGUUGUCAUUUUGUUGUGCAUGCUGGUUCGUUUGUACAAGGCAUAUGUUUAUUGAGGCAGAUUUAGAUGGAUUGCUCACCAUUAUUAUAACUAAUGGCUAAAUCCAAGGUAUACACCUUUUUAAAAAAAAAAAAAAAAAAAAAUUAAAUCACAUAAAAGUCUGGUAAAUGUUAGACAGGAUGUGCUCUUCCACUUGUACUCUAAACUUCAUGUUUGUAAAAUUAUUCGAGAAAUCAAUACUACAGACUUUAAUGACAUUUGCCUUGCAAAUUGGUCACUGGUGAGACAUUAAUUUGUUGCCGAUCACCAUAUAGAGUACUUUCCUUUACAUCUCGGGUUUAUUUUGAAAGAGUAACGCAAAAGCAACCCAAGCGUGUGUCUGCAAAUAUGUAAUUUCAUAUUAGAAAGAUGUGAAUGACUUUUUUUUGUAUUUAUUAUAACAAUUCAUGUCCUGUAACAUAAUUUUGUUCGCUAAUUGUCUAGAUUUUGUUAGUCACUUAACAGCCACAGCACAAAUCACGCAGGCGUAAUUAUGUGCUGCAGCCAUGAUUCAUCUAGCAUCAAUGUUUUGUACAGUUUCAUAAAGGUGUAUAUUAACAACUAAUAUAAUGAAUCUUGGAGAGAUGCUGAUGAAAAUCUGCAAACGUGAAUCUGCAAAAAGAAGGGAUGUUAACUUUGAGUUUGUACGCAUUUUCAUUAUGGCCUAACCAAUGUCAUGUUUUUGCCACCACUCUCACCAAAGUGCUUGUUCAAAGAAAGCAGAUGGACAACUAACACCUGGUCUGCAACGGACUGCCACUCUGUUUGUGUCUGAAAGAAAAAUCCUUUGAAACUGAUGUCAAUGUUAGCCAAAUGACCACUCUGCUUCUUUUACAUUUCUCCCAUUGUGUGUCUGGAGUAAGGUGACAAUCUUGAAUUUUACAUCCUGUGGAUUAAUACUGGAAGUACAAGAUAACCUUAGGUGUAGAAACAGUAGCUUUUCACAUUUUAUCAUGUUUUGAUUGAAGACAUUUUACAUACAUUUUAGUCAGUUUGUGUGGUGCAGUUGUACCCAGUCUAAAAUAAAUGCCUGCCUUAAAA